AUGGCGAGAAGCGCGAACCCCACGGCACACUCUGAUGCACUGCCAAUUGGGGAGGCUGAUGUAAUCACGGGGUUUGGAGCCCAAGCACGUCGUCAGGCGCGUGAUGGACCCCGUCUGGGGGAUCCUUGGCUGCCACGCCGUUCUGGGGACUUCUGGAAUAACCCAAGGCGCCAGCGCGCCGAAUUUCAACACGUCUAA